UGACGCCGGGCGCUCGUCAUCAGCGUGCGCCGGGGAGGUGGCGAGGCCGCGGAGCUGCGGGAGCCGGCGGCGGCGCGGGGCUGCUCCGAGCCUUUGGGUGUUCCCUUCGCUGCUCGGCGUGGUGCUGUGGCCGUGGUGGGCAGGGAAGAGCCGGGACCAGCCUCGUGGGCUUCGCUCCUGCGUGCCAGACCCGCGGGACGGUGGCGGAGAACAUGGAUUCACAAAAGGAUGUUCAGCCUCCAAAGCAGCAGCCAAUGAUUUACAUUUGUGGAGAAUGUCAUACAGAAAAUGAAAUAAAGGCAAGAGAUCCUAUCAGGUGCAGAGAAUGUGGCUACAGAAUAAUGUACAAGAAAAGGACAAAAAGACUGGUAGUUUUCGAUGCUCGAUGAUGUCUGCUGAAGAUAGUGACUUCAUGAUGCAAUCUUUCUGAUAACUUUGUUUUGUAAAACUGUUUGUGUGUAAAUGCACACUCUUAUUUGUGUUUUAAGAGAUUGAAAUAUUAAAGUUUACUGUAAUAGUAAA